GUUUUUUUGAGAUGGCAAUUAUAGAAAGAUGUCACUCCAUAGAGAAAAGUAAUACACUGGAAAUGUCACUCUCACUAUGUACUAAAACUCUUUGUCGGUAUUUUACUAACAAUUCACGCACAAAACUAAUAAAUAAAUUAAGUAGAAGUAGUUCUACUUUUUUGCGAAAUUCUAUUACGUAUAAAACUGUACUCACAAAGUGGGAAGACCAAGACCUAAAGGUUCCAAAACUUGUAACUUUUCUUACCGCCAGAAAAAGGUUAUGAUUUUUUUGCUUAUGAAAAUAAUCAUAAUGGUUUUGUGCCUUUCAGAGCUUAUGAAGACAUUGUGUACCUUCCUACUUAAUUAAUGGAAUGGUACUAAGUUUAAAUAACUUGUUUUAUUGAAAAAUCCCUCGUAUCUGACAAACUGUAGGCAUGCUUUGUAGCCGUAAAUAUUUGGGUAUUCAUUUUAUGUAGCUUGUAUGUAGCUGUGGCCAUUAAUAUGAUAAGUUAUACCUAAGAUACACAGCUACAACUGUAGGUAAAGAAUAGUUACAUCUCAAAUUACUAUACAAACCUUAAUUUAUCUUUUUUUACUGAGUUGCUAUGGUAUGGCUUUCUAAAUAUUUGGGUAUGGGUGCUUGAAUAAAAUAGGAUGAUGAUAAUCUAGAAAUGUUAAUGUUAUUUAUAAUAUUUUGUAAAUUUGUAUUAAAGUGCCAAAUAAUUUUGUACAUGAAAUCUAUACAAUUGUACUGGUUGAAGUUUAGUUUAUCAUUCAACUUUCCAAUCUACUUGUUACAUAAAUGUCAUGUUAGUCCCACUUAGGGUCCAUUAUUCAAUCAGACUUCGUUUGUGACACAUGCCAGAAUGGCAGCUUUAGGUUCAAUCAAUUUAAAUAAGAUUUUAUAUUUUAUUUGCAAUGUUAACAUUAUAUUAUAUUAUUUUAGUAGUACGCAAGUCAUGGGUGCACUGAGUCCAUUGGAUCCGUCAUCAUUCUCUCGUCCUGAAUUGGCAAUAAUUAAGCAUGCAUCUCUUUCAUUAAAUAUUGAUUUUGAAAGUAAAGUUUUAAAUGGAGAUGCCAUACUUAAUUUUGAUGUUUUAGAAGAUAUAGGAGAAUUGGUACUAGAUAUAAGUAGUCUUAGCAUAGAGUCAGUUGAACUAGAUAAUGGAACUAAACUGAAAUUUGAUAUUGGUGAACCAGUGCCUAAUUUUGGGUCUAAACUGACUAUAAGUCUGCCUAACCAAGCUCUAGUUGGAGAAAAAUUAAAAGUAAAAAUAAAAUAUGCAACUGCACCGACAGCGUCUGCAUUACAGUGGUUGGAACCCAAUCAGACUUCAGGGAAGAAGCACCCCUAUCUUUUCAGCCAGUGUCAACCGAUUCACGCCCGUUCGAUUGUACCAUGCCAAGAUACGCCAGCAGUUAAGUUUACAUACGAUGCAGAGGUGACGGCACCCGAAGAGUUCACAGUGCUGAUGAGCGCCUUACGUGGUGAAGUUAGAAGCAAUAGGACGACUUUUAGGCAACCUGUGCCUAUUCCUUCGUAUUUGUUGGCCAUUGCUGUGGGAGUGCUGGAGCAAAGGUCUUUGGGGCCCAGAUCGUUAGUAUGGUCGGAAAAAGAAGAAAUCGAGCGCAGUGCGUGGGAGUUCGCCGAAACGGAGAAGUAUUUGCAAGCAGCCGAGAAUCUAUGCGGGCCCUACGUAUGGACACAAUACGACUUGCUUGUGUUACCGCCUUCGUUCCCUUAUGGCGGUAUGGAGAACCCGUGUUUAACCUUCGUUACGCCUACUUUACUGGCAGGUGACAGGAGUCAAGCUGACGUAAUAGUGCACGAGAUAAUGCACAGCUGGACCGGUAACCUCGUGACAAACAAGAACUUUGAGCACUUCUGGCUCAACGAGGGUUUCACGGUGUUCCUAGAGAGGAAGGUCGGAGCCUCCCUCAUCAGCGACCCGGUGGAAGCCAAGAAGAGCAGGGACUUCCAUAGCCUGCUCGGCUUACAGGAGCUCAGUGAAGCGGUGAACGAGCAAUUCGAUCCGUCGAAUCCGCUCACGCGAUUGGUGCCCGACUUGAACGGGGUCCAUCCCGACGACGCGUUCUCUAGGGUGCCAUACGAGAAAGGGUCCUUAUUCCUGAGGUACCUGGAAGACCUGGUCGGUGGGUCUGACGUAUUCGACGACUUUCUCCGGUCAUACUUAAACAAAUUCAAGAAGCAGUCACUCGAUACCGACCAGUUUAAGGCAUAUCUGCUUGACUACUUCAAGGACAACAAACAACUAAAGACUGUGGACUGGAACGCUUGGCUUUACACUAGUGGCAUGCCCCCGAUUAUACCUGCAUACGACACAUCAAUGACGAAAUCUAUAACGGCGCUAGUCGAGACCAUAUCGCAGAGUAACGCGACGAUAUCUUCGUUAGAUGUUCGGACAUUAAACGCCCAUCAGCUCAUACGAUUGUUGCAAGAGUUACUGGAGCGACCGGCUCUACCACUGGAGAAACUGCGUUUACUAGGCAAAGAGUACGGGCUCGAAACUAGCACCAAUUCGGAGAUAGUUUACAGAUGGCUUCGAUUGUGCAUCAGAAGCAGAGACGAGGACCGACUGGGCGACGCGUUCGACUUUGUCAAUAGACAAGGCCGUAUGAAGUACGUGCGACCGAUAUACAGAGACCUCUACGCUUGGGAGGACGUCAGAGACCGCGCCAUAGACAACUUCCUCAAGAACGAACAAUACAUGAUGCACGUGUCUGCGUAUACGCUGAGAAAAGACUUGCAUCUCAAAGAUUAAUUAACUACAAAUUGUAGAUGUCAAUUUUACUGUACCAAUGAGUACGACAAAUCUAUUUUUCAUUUUAUUUUAUUAAAAUUAUAUUAUAUGUAUAUAAAACCUGUUUGAUGUAUGUCAGAAAUGAGUUAUGUAUUGAAUUAUAUUAGUAAUGAUUAAAAAAAAUAGUUUCAUUUAUUUGUGUGUGGUUGCC